UCAAAACUGACGGUGUGUUGUGCUGAACCGUUAACGGUCUAACUACUUUUUCAUUUUAGAUCAAUCAAAGCUUAGCUAAUUAUUUUAACUUAUUAAAAACGUUUCCCACUACAGCUGAAUUCAUAGUUGCUACAAAUAUAUUCGAAUUACGAUUUAUUAUUAAAAUCGAGCGAGCAUAUUUGUUUAUUUGUAUACCAUAACUAACUAACCCAGUUAACCAGUAGCAAGAAUAUAGAGCAGAAGGACAAUGUUUUACUAUCCCUACGUACUGCAACGCCACUCCGGCUGCUUCUCCACUAUAUGGUUGGCUGCCACAAAAGGAAUUAGGCUCAAUAGGCGAGAGUUCCUCAAGGUCAACGUGGGGCGCACAUGUGAAGACAUCAUGGAUUACGUGCUGGUGCAGGCCCCUCCCCGCAACCCGGGCCUCCCCCGGCCCCGCUUCUCCCUCUACCUGUCUUCCCAGCUGCAGUACGGUGUCAUCAUUGUUUACCACCGACAGUGUGUCAUCCUGCUGGAGGAAAUCCAGCAGACCAUAGAGCGCCUGAUCCGCUCGGAGAGACACGCGUGUAUUGACGUGGCGGAGCCCGACAGGCGGGCCUAUACUCUCCCAGACUCUCUGGUUCUCUUGGAAGAGGCAGAACGGGCGCAGGACCCCUUCUUUGGAGUAAUGGGUGCUGAGCAAGGCCUGCCCAGCCCAUACAGACUGCUACAGCCCUGGCAAAGUAUGGAAGCACUUUCUCCACAGCGACCCCCGACGAGGAAUAACACAACUACACCAGAGGAAGGUCUCACUGCUCCUUCUGGUAGCAUCACGCUGAAAGAGAAGGAACUGGCUUUGAUUCCUGCUGCUGAGUUUGAGGGGGCUGAACUACCAGAGGUCACAGUAAAAGAGAUUGACAUGUUGAUGGAGCAGCAGGAUCAGUUUUAUGAAGAACUGGAGGAUAAAGAGAGAGAGAGAGCAGCAGAGGGAGAGAGGGUGACACUGUCAGGAACCACGCUUUCCGUGGAGCAGUUAAAAGAGCACAUUGUGGAGGAGACCAUUUGGCUACUGGAUGAAGAGACUGGGCAACCUGUCGAGGUCCCAGUUUUUGGGGCCCAGAUGGAGAAGACCCCUCCCACCAUUGCCAUGCCUGUUGCUCCACCCUCAAGACCAGGUGGAGAGGAGUCAGAGAGGGAGGGGGGCUCUAGCAGUGAGCUCUUGCAUGGUGAGGUUCCCUCGAAGAGACCGGGCCGGAGACGCCAGCUGCUCUUCAUUGACCCGGACAUGCAGAUCCCCCAGGAUGCAAUGCAGGCCCAAAUACAGAACACUCUGGUCGAGACCACAUCCCUGUCCCAGGUACUGUUGGAGAGACCGUCCCAGCAAAGAGUCUCCCCUGCAGAGCUCUUCAGCAAGCCCUGCUCCACUGUGAUUCACCCGGACCUACUGUCUCAGUGGAAUAGGGCCGCCGUCUCCUCCCUCCCUUCUUCCGCAGAGAGGCGGAAAGCAGUGGAGGGAGACUCUAAAUCGGAGGCAGAAAGGGAGAUGGAGGUGGUGAGGAAGGAGGUGGAGGGGGGAAGAAAGCACAAGGACUCCAGCAUUAGAGAGAUAUCAGCAGAGCUUAUAGAGUCAGCACUGGCAUCUGAAGCAUCAGCUGUGUCAGAGGCUUUUCUGGAGGUGUCCAAAGAUGACCUACCGCAAGACCAGGCCACUCCUGUGGGAAGAUGGUCCCCAAUAGAGGGAGCUCCUGUCCCCAUGGAAGGCAUUCCUGAGGAGCAAGUGAAGCUGCCUCCAGGAGAUUUGGGAGAGACAGUGGGGACCACCGAGAGUCUACUCGAACUGGUGUCCCAAUACCUGAUGCAUUAUGGGAAAGUGUACUUUGAUUCUCUGCUGCCCCCUGAGACUGACCGCAGUACUGCAGCCCAUCUUCUCAGCGCAUUGCUUGAGCUUGUGUGUGUGAGGAAGCUCAGUGUGAGUCAGGCUAAACCAUACGGUUCCAUCGCCAUCUCUUCUGGACAGCUGUUUGCAGUGGCCUAAGGGGAGGAACUAGCUCAAAAUGAUUCUGUGUAUUUCUGCAGUCUCUGAUAUUUAUUGCUCAUAUUUAAUAUUGCUUUUAAAACAGCAUGCUUCAAAUUGUUUGUGAAAAUGCUCUGGGGAAAUGCCAGAUUUUAAAGUUUUUUACAAGGUUUUUUUAAUUGUGCUUGAAUUGUUUUUAUUUGCCAGAUAAUAAUUGAUUAAAAUGUAUUUAUGAAUCUUUUUGAAAUAUCUUCCUGUCCCCUAUUUUUCACUCCCAAUUUGGGAUGCCCAGUCAAAUGGACCGCAUUUAUGUAGCGCUUUACAAUUGAUGCCUCUCAUUCACCAGAGCAGUUAGGGGUUAGGUGUCUUGCUCAGGGACACUUCACACGCCCAGGGCGGGGAUCGAACUGGCAACCCUCCGACUGCCAGACAACCACUCUUACCUCCUUAGCUAUGUCGCCCCCCAGUUUGUCACAGUUUGGAAUGGCAUUGAUUUGAGAGCAGACUAACAUGCCCAUCUUCUGAGGCAUAAGUCCAUAAACUGAGCCCUGCUGCCGUUGUGUAGGAGGUAUGUGACCAUCCAGAGAAGUCACUAAUGUGCAAUACAGUGAGGAAAGGCCUGCCUACUGAAACACUUCCUCUCUGUCUGACUGCACAGCUAAUUAUGUGUUGUCUCGUGGAACUACCAGUUACAAUCUGCUUUGGUGUGGUCAGGUUUGAUUCCCUAAUAUGGAGCACAUCACUGCACCAAAACCAUAAUUUUGUAACAAGCACUUUUAAGUGCAAGAGAACAGUGAUAGUUUACAAGAAUUUACUGUCUCGUGUCACAAGGAAUAGGCUGUUAAAUAUUCUACUGUAUGUGGUGUUAAGGUCUAGUUCCAAAAUCUGAAGGGAUGCCCCUACAAAUUGCUUAGGUCUGUCAACAUAACAUUUAAUGAGUAGCUUCAGCUGAGCAAAAGCAUCUUAUGUUCCACCAGUGCUAUGCUCGGUUUUAGCGGUAGGGGGCAGUAGAGCUGAGAGCCGGCCGCAGCCAGAAGUACGGUGGGUAGACCUCAUAGUAAUCUGGACUCUUUUCCUUGGUGUGCCGUGGCUGUCCCUCGCUGGCCGGUAUACAGACUGAUAUCGUAGUAAGAGGAGUAAGAGAGUGGGGUGAGACAGCCAGUGGAAAUGUAGCACCAGCCUGCAAAAGAAUGCAGCUAAACAAAGAGGAGGGGCCAGUGCAUGGUACACUGCGUGAUUAUACGCAGUGCCUCCAGCCAGUUUCUCUGCUGAACACAGAGUACAAAAUGGGAGUCUGACCAUGUUCUGACAGCAGAAGCAGUACUGUUGCACACAUACAGACAUAUCAUUCCAUCCUAUAUCACUGGCAAGUAAAAAAUUAUAAACUAAAUCAAAUAGAACCCUCCUCCCACAAACACACACACACACAUUUUAUACAAAGGUUUGGCAUUAUGUACUUUUUAACGUAGAUAUAUUUCCAAACUAUAUUAAAGUGGUUGCUCCACCAGUUAGAAGUUAAGUAGCCUAGCCUGCAACAUAAGUUAUUAGCUACAUUCUUCCACAUCUGUGGUUUAAAAAAGGGCUCUAUCUUUGCUGGCUUAGAUAGCUAGAAACCAUGCAACACCAGUCC